AUGCUACAACGAACAUGUUUUGCAUUACCGGUAAUACUUAGUGUUCCGGCAACUGUUGCUGUAUUAUUCAUAAUGUGUACAAAACGUCAUACCAAUGCUUGUCAUUCAACUAAUUUUCUUCCUAAAGAAUUAUUCUGGCGUUGUGAUACAGCAAAAAGUUUGUCAGAAUUUUUCCUUUCAUCAUUGACACAAAUUUGGCUUGCCAUUUUGAUGGUACAAUUAUGGAUAACAUUACAUCUUUGGAGGCCACGUCACGAAAGAUUAGCCAAAACAGCCAAAUUAUUCAUUCUACCGUAUAAUAGCGCUCUAUUCACCGAUCAAUGUCUAGCAUUAAAUCGAAGAUGUGAUGAUAAAACAAAAAUCCGAACUGAGGAUCUGGAUUUUGAUGCAGAGGACUUGUCAACACAUGAUAUAAAUAUUGGAUUGACAUAUGCAAAACCUACUGCUACAUCACUUUCAAGUGGUUCUACGAGUAAAGUAAUCGAAACUGCUAUGAUAAAAGAAAUGGCAUCAUCCGCAGAUGCAGUAACAAAAAUUUACGUUUGUGCGACAAUGUGGCAUGAAACAGCGAUCGAGAUGACCUGUAUGUUGAAAAGUAUCUUUCGUCUUGAUGAGGAUCAAUGUGCUAGAAGAAAUGCUCAAAAAUAUCUUAAAAUUAUCGACCCAGAUUAUUAUGAAUUCGAAGCGCAUAUAUUUUUUGAUGAUGCUUUUGAUAUUAAUGAAUAUGGUGAACCUGUAAUUAAUAAAUUUGUUCAACAAUUGGUUGACAAAGUUGACGAAGCAGCCAGUGCUUUACAUCAAACUCAAAUGAGACUAAGGUCACCAAAAAAAAUUUCAACUCCAUAUGGUGGACGAUUAAGUUUUAUUAUGCCUGGCAAAAAUAGGCUAAUGAUUCAUUUGAAAGAUAAACAAAAAAUUCGCAUUCGGAAACGUUGGAGUCAGGUAAUGUACCUGUAUUAUUUAUUGGGUUAUCAAUUAAUGAUGAAAGUUGAUGAUGAAAUGAGGAAGGUGAUAAUUUCGGAGAAUACAUUUAUUCUAACAUUAGAUGGUGAUGUUGAUUUUUCACCACAAUGUGUACAUUUACUUGUUGAUUUAAUGAAGAAAGAUCGACGUCUUGGUGCAGCAUGUGGUCGAAUACAUCCACGUGGAACUGGUUUAAUGAUAUGGUAUCAAAAAUUUGAAUAUGCAAUUGGUCAUUGGCUACAGAAAGCAACUGAACAUAUGAUUGGUUGUGUUCUUUGCUCACCUGGAUGCUUCUCAUUAUUUCGUUCAUUAGCACUUAUGGAUGAUAAUGUUACCAGACGAUAUGCAUCUAAGGCUGAAAAUCCAGUUGAUUUUAUUCAAUAUGAUCAGGGUGAAGAUCGUUGGCUAUGUACAUUACUUUUACAACGAGGUUAUCGAGUUGAAUAUUGUGCAGCAUCAGAUGCUUUAACUUAUGCACCAGAAGGUUUUAAUGAAUUUUUCAAUCAACGUCGUCGUUGGAUACCAUCUACAUUAGCAAAUAUUAUUGAUCUGCUACAAGAUUAUAAAAAUGUUAUCAAUAUGAAUGAAUCAAUUUCUAUUUGGUAUAUAUUAUAUCAAUGCAUAAUGUUAGUCUCAUCAAUUCUUGGCCCAGGGACAAUUUUCUUGAUGGUUGUUGGUGCAUUAUCGAUAUCAUUUAAUAUUGAUACAUCAUUAUCACUGUUCAUUGUCACUUUACCAGUUGUAUCAUUUUGUUUGAUGUGUUUCAUAAGUGAUUCGGAAAAACAGCUAAUGGCAGCACAAAUUAUCGGUGCACUAUUUGCUAUGCUAAUGACAGCUGUGAUUGUUGGGACAGUAAUACAGAUGCAAAAAGAUGGCAUCAUGUCACCACAUUCAAUAUUCCUACUCUUCGUUAUUGCAAGUUUUGUCAUCGCUGCUAUACUACAUCCAUUGGAAUUUACCUGUAUAACACCGGGAAUUUUAUAUUUCCUUGCAAUACCAUGCAUGUAUAUGUUGCUUCCGAUCUAUAGCUUAUGCAAUUUAAAUAAUAUUGCUUGGGGAACACGUGAGAAUCCAAAAGGUUAA